ACGACUGCAGAGUCCAAUCCAAGAUGUCAGCCUCCAUGAAACUAAAAUAGGCAUAUUUUUUAAAGAAACAAAACAAAAAAAUAAUGUUUAUUUCAGCUGAGAGUAAAGAGAAGAAUUUUGACGGAUAUACAUUGAUAUUUCCAGCAGUAUCAGUAGGAAAUGUUGGACAGUUGGCAGUUGAUAUGAUUAUCUCUACAUUAUGGAUGGAAAGAAUUGGUUAUAUCUAUCAUGAUAGCAUUUUGCCAUUAGUUGGAAAUGAUCCUUUUGCUCAUCCUGAAUCAAUUUCUUGUAAAAUUGUUACAAAUUGUGAAGUAUAUGAGAAUACAGAGAACAAGACAAUAAUAAUACAACAGAGAUCUCCAUUUGUCCAAGGAAGGAGAGCUGCUUUUAAACAGUGGCUGAGGAAAUGGAUGAUAGAAAUGAAAAUAUCACAACUUGUCAUUCUAACAAGUAGCCAUGCUCAUGAAAGACUCGACAGCCAAUUACAGGGAUCUCAGUUCAGAUUUAUAGCGGGUCCAAAAUUUGAGAAACAUGAAAUUGAAGACAUGAAAUCCCGAUUAGAAUGGCAGGAAUUAGAGAAAAGACUAUCAGAAAAUGGAGAGACAGAAGAUAUUUCAUCACCUUACAUUCCAGGAGGAGGCAUUGCUAAAUCUUUAUUUAAAGAUUGUUCUGAAGAAAUAAAAGUGUGUAUCCUGUUGUUGUUUUGUUCUGAGGGAGACAAUGCCAGUGAUGCCUUACAGCUGGCUAAACAUGUCAACAGCUGGUUAAAUAUAAUUGAUAUGGAGCCCAAACUUAUGAUUGGUUUUGAUGGUAAAUCAGUGAAGAUGCCUGGGUUGUCAUGGAAAGUACCAUACUCAUGGAAACUGAUGUUUGGAACCCAAGUUGACAGAACAUUGUUUCAUUAAUUUUAUAAUAAAUAAUAUUUUUACAUGUU